UCGUUGGUUGGUUGAUUACUUUUCAAUACGCUUCUCAUUGCCUCGAUUUACGCGCCAGGCCAGACGUUCAAAAAUUAGUAUUGAACGAUUUUAAAGUUCACAAGUUAAUCUCCAUUAUUACAGCAUAAUGAGUAAUAUAAAAACUGUUAUUGCUCCCGUAAAUAUCGCAGUGAUUAAAUAUUGGGGAAAACGCGACGAGGAAUUGAUAUUACCGUUAAAUGAUUCCGUUAGUGCUACUUUGGACACAAGUGUUAUGUGUGCCAAAACAUCUGUGUUUACCGGCCCACAACUUACCAGCGACGAGAUAUGGCUCAACGGCAAGAAGGAAUCUUUUACAAAUAAGCGGCUAGUAAAUUGCCUCGAAGGAAUAAAAGCUAUAGCUGCUAAGGAGAAAAGUGUGGACGAAGAAUUCCUAAAAUGGAAAGUUCAUGUGUGCUCUGUCAACAAUUUCCCGACGGCGGCCGGCCUCGCAUCCUCUGCAGCUGGGUAUGCGUGCCUAGUAACUGCAUUAGCGAAACUUUAUAAUGUGAAAUCGGAUGUUAGCUGCGUCGCAAGGUUGGGUUCUGGCAGUGCUUGUAGAAGUGUUUAUGGUGGUUUUGUUCAGUGGCAUGCAGGAACGGAUCCCACUGGCAAAGAUUCCAUCGCAACUCAAAUUGCAGAAGCCUCUCACUGGCCUGAAAUGAGAGCUCUUAUACUAGUGGUUGGUGACAGUGCAAAGAAAACUAGUUCAACAAAGGGCAUGAAGAUAACGGCUGAAACCUCUGAACUUCUCAAACACCGGAUUGACUAUUGUGUGCCACAGAGAACCACCAAUAUUAUUCAGGCUAUAAAGGAAAAGAACUUUCCAAAGUUUGCUGAAAUAACUAUGAAAGACAGUAACCAAUUUCAUGCGGUCUGUCUGGACUCUUACCCACCUUUUGUAUACAUGACGGAAGUGUCCCACAAGAUAGUUGAAGUGAUUCACAAAUAUAAUGAGGUCUGUGGUGAAGUGAAAGUUGCUUAUACUUUUGAUGCAGGCCCAAAUGCUUGUUUGUACCUCUUAGAGGAAGAAGUGCCAAAAAUAAUUUCUCUUGUAAAAUAUGUUUUCCCUUCUUCAUCACCAGAUAAUUUUGUAACUGGUCUCAAUUCUAAACAGCAUGAGCUAAGUCAAGAUUUUCUGAAUAAGUUUGGAUUGGAACCAGAAUCUGUGGAUUUGUUGAAAUAUAUUAUUCAUACUAAAGUAGGAGAGGGGCCAGCAGAAGUCACUGAUGGCUCACAUUUGUUAGAUCAAAAUGGUCUUACUCUCUAAAUGUUGGUGUGGCCAAUGUGUGGGGUAGAAAUAAGUGGAUGAAUGGGUAUUUUAUGAAAUAAAUUAUAUUAACUUCUAACUUAAGAAUACACUAAAAUUAUAUUUACAAUUUUAUAUUGUGUAACUACAAAUGAGUGAGAGACGAGA